CCUCUUAUUGUGAGCACGACGCCUCGAAUUCGUUGGGAGCCGCGGGCCCUAAGGCCACGGGCAUUUUGCCCAGCGACCGUCGAAUUCACGCUUCGUCGCAAAUGAACUGGUCUGCGUAUCAGAAGCGGCGCCCAAGCGACAUUCGCCGAGGCGACGUGGGACUGCCGAGAUGCCAUCAUCCACUCCUGCGUGCAUAAAGAGUUCCCUGGGGUCUCGGAUGCACGUCGCGCGGACGAGUCAAGAGGAGAUGCACGAAUGAAAGGACGUUUCUGGCCACGGGGAACCUCGGCCAAGAAUAUACGUCCCCCGCCCUAGAACUCAGGAGCGCCGUAAAGACCAGAGCCCUCCUGCGGAGGCCACCACCAGGCCCCCGAACAUCUCCAGGCCGAGUCGCGGCAUCCAAGGAAACUCUACCUUCAAAGGGCGCGCUGCCACUCCAUAUGGGGGGAGCCGCACAUAUAUACACCAAGGUAUGCCGCCCGAAACGUAGUGUACAACUGUCGUGGACGUCUCACGGUCGUGACCCUACCCCGAAACAGUGUACACUGUGAAAUUGCGUCAGAGGACAAAAACAAUCGCUAUUCUGUGCGCGGUGGCGGUGGCGAACAUCGUUCCAUGGUCGUGCUCCUACCAAUGGCGCGCAACCGCUGCAGAGGACCAGCGCCCUGACCGGAAGCGCCCACCGCCGCGGCGGGCUGCGAGCGCGCCCAUCAUCAGAACCCGAGCGAGCAAGGUGGUGCUGGGGGAACCCAUGCGGGCCCGCACCCAAGUUCAAUCAUGCGAAAUGAUCAAGCGUAGCCGAGAUACUCACGCAGGCAACAGAAGGGCUGGGGCAUAAAAUCAGCGGCGUCUGGAGCGCGAGCAGUUGGGAGGCGGCAUCCGAACAAGAAAAGCCAUGUGCCAAUCCCCAGAUGGCGUUCGCCUAAAAGGUUUUAUAUCCUCUCGUGCAAGAAAUCGGGUGGCGAUCCCCACCCUGGGGUUUCCACGGGUUCCUCGGCGGGCCUCGCGCAGGAAACAUACUGCUGUGCUCUGCUACGCAAUUCAAUAAUACACCAUCGUCGGCAACGCUGUGUACUCCCAUGCAGCGCAAUGCUGUGGUAAGGAUGGAUGCCCAUGUUAACGAGAAGCAUGGCCUGAUGCGCUGUCCAACGGGGUUGAUGCUGCACGCACCGCUAUGAGAUUGCACGCUGCUCACAGCUACGCGAUGCCAUGCGACGCCCAGGUGCGGCAUGCCGUCCAGAGCUGUGCUGUUCUCGGCCACGCCACGAGCCCAGCGCCAACCCACCAGCACGGCGCAGCACUGCAUGACCAGCAGGUUGGCCUGCGCCCAGACAAACGGGGGCAGGGGGCCGGGAACGGGGCGUACCAGCGCUCCGUUGUCUGGGUCGGCGUGCAGAGCGCGCCAGGGCGGCGCUGGAAGCGUUGCCAGGGGCGUCCGUCGCCAACCGAAGAGAUUCGCGCGGACCUCCGAAGGUUCGUGCUUAUGCGGUCUCGUGCUCCUCCGCGCUGGGGGCACAAUAAUCGAGACGCGAUCGCUGUUGGUUGUUUCCUCCGCAUUGUUCAUCGGCUGCGCUUUGGACCCACGAUGCAGUCCAGCCACGGCAGGGCGGCUGCUGCGCGAAGCAGGCACAACAGGCGGAAGGAGGAAAGGCAGGAGGGCAGUGGGGAGAGGGCCGCGGACGUCCAGGGCGUCCAAAGAGCGUGAAGCAAUUCGGGAAGUGCUUGGGCAGGCUCAGGUCCUCG